UGCCUGCCCUGCAAGGCUGCUACUGUGGCCGCUUUUCCGAUCACGAGCCAUUCCUUUAUCGCCCACUCACCCAUCCGCGGAUGCGCCCGUGAUUCCAGCCUGGGUCGAGCCUCCCAAGACCCUCGGGGACCAGAAGCCAACUGGAGUGGCCGGCCGUGCGUGGGAAAAGAGGAAGGAGAGCGAACCUCGGCAAUCCACCAAGUACAUUAAAAAAUUGGAGGAGGAGGAGGAGAAAGCCAUGUCGAAUGUUAUCUUGGAGAGCAUAUUUCUGAAGCGCUCCCAGCAGAAGAAAAAGACGUCUCCUCUGAACUUCAAGAAGCGCCUCUUCGUGCUGACUGACAGCAAACUCUCAUAUUAUGAGUAUGACUUUGAACGCGGGCGCCGAGGAAGUAAGAAAGGGUCAGUGGAUACUGAGAAGAUUAUUUGUGUGGAGGCUGUGAUUCCAGAGAAGAACCCUCCCCCCGAACGCCAGAUCUUGGUGAGAAAAGGAGAGGAUUUAAAUGAGCCGGAACAAAUCUCCAUUAUUGAGCGGUUUCCCUACCCUUUCCAGGUGGUAUAUGAUGAAGGACCCCUUUACGUCUUCUCUCCCACAGAGGAGUUACGAAGCCGAUGGAUCCAGCAGCUAAAAAGUGUGAUCCGCUAUAACAGCAACGUGGUGCAGAAGUACCACCCCUGCUUCUGGACCGACGGGCAGUACCUCUGUUGCUGCCAGACAGCUAAGAUGGCCAUGGGAUGCCAAAUCCUGGGAGGCAAGAACAGAAGUUUCAGAAGUGGCCGUUCUCAAAAGCCUGACAAACCUCUACCUCCGACGCCAGAGGAGACCGAGAUGAUGAAGAAGCAGUUGCCCCCGAUGCCAACGGAGAGCCUCUCCUCAAAGACAAAGAAGGUCGUGGCCUUGUAUGACUACCAGCCGAUGAAGGAACAGGACCUGCAGCUCCAGAAAGGUGAAGAGUACCUGGUGCUGGAGGAGAGUAACGAGUCCUGGUGGAGAGCUCAGAACCAAGAUGGGAAACAAGGUUAUAUUCCCAGCAAUUAUGUUACUGAAACAAGUGAUUCUCUUGAGAUCUUUGAGUGGUACUUGAAAAAUAUAACCAGAAGGCACGCAGAGGAGCUUCUGAAGAAAGAGGGCAAAGACGGUGGGUUCAUUGUCCGGGAUUCCAUCAGCAAGAGGGGAAAAUACACCGUCUCUGUGUUUGCCAAGUCCUCUGCGGACCCCCAAGGGAUGAUCCGCCAUUACGUGGUUUGCUCCACACCCCAGAACCAGUAUUUCCUGGCAGAGAAGCACGUCUUCAACACCAUCCCAGAGCUCAUCCAUUACCAUCAGCACAACUCAGCAGGGCUUAUAUCCAGAUUAAAGUACCCGGUGUCGUCGCAACAAAAAACAGUGCCUUCCACAGCAGGACUUGGAUAUGGAGCCUGGGAGAUCGACCCAAAGGACCUGACCUUCCUGAAGGAGCUCGGGGUGGGGCAGUUUGGAGUGGUCAAGCACGGGAAGUGGAGGGGCCAGCACGACGUGGCCGUCAAAAUGAUCAAGGAAGGCUGCAUGUCGGAGGACGCCUUUAUUGACGAAGCCAAAGUCAUGAUGAACCUCUCCCAUGAGAAGCUGGUACAGCUGUUUGGAGUCUGCACCAAAGAGAGGCCUAUCUUGAUUGUCACCGAGUACCUGUCUAAAGGUUGCCUCUUGAACUACUUGCGGGACAAUCGGAGCUCCUUCCAGGCCACGGAGCUCCUGGAGAUGUGUAAGGACGUCUGUGAAGCCAUGGAGUACCUGGAAUCUAAGCAGUUCCUGCACAGGGACCUGGCUGCUCGCAACUGUUUAGUGAAUGAGCAAGGCGUCAUCAAAGUCUCUGAUUUUGGUCUCUCCAGGUAUGUCUUGGACGAUGACUACAUCAGCUCCAUGGGGUCCAAGUUCCCAGUCCGGUGGUCUCCUCCAGAGGUUCUUCUGUACAGCAAGUUCAGCAGCAAAUCAGAUGUCUGGGCUUUUGGUGUUCUGAUGUGGGAGGUCUACAGUUUGGGAAAGAUGCCCUACGAGAGGUUUACCAAUAGUGAGACGACCGAACAUGUGACCAAAGGGCUGCGUCUCUAUCGUCCCCAGCUCGCCUCCGAGAGAGUCUACGCUAUCAUGUACAGUUGCUGGCAUGAGAAAGCAGAGGAACGCCCCACCUUCCAGACUCUUCUGGGACACAUCAUGGAUUUAGCAAAUGAAGACCCCUGAAUCGCCACCAUCGACUGCCCAUUUAUUGUGUUUGUUUUUGCCAUCUUUGCAUGUUUGCUCGGGAAGUUCUGAAAGGUCACAGGAGGGCAGAAUCUCCAAGGAACCCAUUAGGACAAGAGUAAUUGGAUCCAUACA